CUUUCUUCCCUUUCGCAAAUCUUCAAAAUCAAACCCUCUCCCUCGAUCACACCGAGACCGAGACCGAGACCGAGCCGAGACCCUCUCUCUCUCUCUCUGUCUCCCAUGCUCAAUCUCCUAUCAUAUCGUGAUUCAACGCUCUGAUCCUCAAAUUCUCUUCCUUUUCGAACCCCUCUCCCACCAAAAUCCCCCUAUUCCUAACCCUAACUCACUGAUUCUAACUCGGAGCAGCGGCAUCAAAGUAAUUUUAGGCUAGAUUGGCUUAAGCUUUCUGAGGUGUUUGUUGGAACUUCAAAGGGCUUCUUAGUGGGUGGUUCCCAUCAGAAAAAGCCAAAUGACUUGAGCUGGUUUCAGAAUUUUUUGAUAUAGGUCAAAGGCUGUUGCCGAGGAUGAAUCUACAACAAGCUGUGCAACCUAAAUUACCUGCUAAUGGUUUUGGUCGUCGAAGAGGUGAAAGAGAAGUAGGCACUAGGCUGGAGAAUAAGUCACAGUCUGGAAAAUCAAAUCCCAGCAGAUCAACAAAUACUGGGGCAAUGACUGGUGGCAAAGCUGGCGGUUAUGGGAGUCCUUCACGCGACAGGGUAGUAUAUAUAACAACUUCUCUUAUUGGGCAUCAUGUGGAAGUCCAGGUGAAAGAUGGAUCUAUAUACUCUGGAAUAUUUCAUGCAACAAACAAUGAAAAAGAUUUUGGAAUCAUCUUGAAAAUGGCGCGCUUAACAAAGGAUGGUUCUUUACGAGGGCAGAAGGCUACUGCAGAGUCUGUUAGCAAGGCUCCUUCAAAGACUUUUAUUAUACCUGGCAAAGAGCUUGUACAAGUUUUCGCAAAGGGGGUGUCUGUAACCAGGGAUGAGUUAUCACAUGAAGUCCAUGAAAAGCAGCAGGAGCUUAUGCUGGACUCCUCCAUAUCACAAUCUCGAUAUGUUGAGAUGGAGAGAGAACUAGAACCCUGGGUCCCUGAUGAAGAUGCUCCUAAAUUUCCUGGACUGGAUAAUAUAUUUGAUGGACCUUGGAAUAGGGGCUGGGAUCAGUUUGAAACCAAUGAAGCAUUAUUUGGAGUAAAAAGCACCUUUGAUGAGGAAAUCUAUACAACAAAACUUGAGAGAGGUCCUAAUAUGGAUGAGUUAGAAAAGAAAGCUUUAAGAAUAGCUAGAGAAAUUGAGGGUGAGGAAACCCAAGAUCUUCAUUUAGCAGAGGAGAGAGGCAUUUGUAUGCACGAUGAUCUUGAUGUUGAUGAGGAGACUAGAUUCUCUUCUGUCAACAGGGGUAAGGGGGUUGAAGAUAGUGGGUAUGAAGAACGUGAAGAUAUAUUGUUGGAUUCAUGUAAUAUGGAAACAUUUGGUGGUUCUGAUUCUGUCACUAAGAGGUCCACUGAUUUGACUAUUGGGAAAAGCAAUGAUGGAGCUCGAACUUCGUCAAGCUCUUCCUAUAAGGAUCAAGCACAUUCUUCCCAAUUAAGUACUGCCUUGGAUGUAUGCCGCUCUGGUUCUCAUGAUCAUGCUAAACAGCUGGCAUCUGAACUUCCUUUUAAAAGCUUUCCUGCUUCAGAUGGCGAAAGCAGGGUCCUCGAGAAUCGAGUCAGUGAACAUGGAGACAAUAAUAAUGCCAAGGAGUUGGAAGAGAAGAUGCUAGCUGAGGAUGCGCACUUGUCAAAACCUGAGGAUUCACGGUCAUCACUGAUUAAGAAGAAAGAUAGCUCUGAUAUAGGGGGAUUAUCUCCUGAUGCCACCUCUUAUGCCGCGUCAUCUGGUGUUCUAUCGAAGGGUCAUGAAAAGAUGAGUUUGCCUGGUGAACAGUCUGAGAGUAUUGUAUCUAGCAAAUUGCAUGGAGAAAUAAAAUCUAUAAACUCUCGUGGACAACCAGGUAGUUCUACAUCAUCCAGUUCAGAUUGUGCAGGUAGUGCCCUGGCUUUUAGUGGGCCUGGUUUAUCACCAAGUUCAUCAGUGGGUUCGUUAUCUUCUGAAAAGUCAACCCUGAAUCCCUAUGCUAAGGAAUUUAAACUCAAUCCUAAUGCAAAGAGCUUCGUUCCAUCUCAACCGCCAGUUAGGCCUCAUUCCCCUGUUUCUGAUGGUUCUUUCUAUUUUCCACCAAAUGCCGUGCCACAUAUGCCUGGCAUGCCCGUAGGCCUUGGAAUUGGACCCUCAUAUCCUGGGCACCAGCCUAUUAUAUUUAAUCCACAGGUUGCACCAAUGCAGUCGCCGCCAUAUUUUCAUGCUAAUGGGCCUCAGUAUGGGCCACAGAUGCUUGUUGGGCACCCUAGGCAAGUCUUGUACAUGCAAAGCUACCAACCUGAUAUGCCAUACAAAGGCCGAGACUUUUAGCUGCUGGCUGGCCAUAUACAGAGAACGAGAACAGGUUUAUCAAGUCAUAGCUCAACUGUGCUUAAAUUUUCCGUCUCUCUCAAAAUAUCACUAUGGUCAUGACAUAAUGGCUUGGGGCUCAACUAUGCUUUUGUUAACACUUUGAGAAAACAUUUUCUAAUCCAUGACUACUGUAGUCGGUGAACAAUGGUUGUUUAUUGAUAUAUUUUUUUUUUUUCCUUGAUAUUAUUAAAUCCCAAAAAUAAUUAUUUUU